ACGGGGGUCUAUCCUUAUUCCUUACAUUACACAGCUACACUGUUAGGAAAUAGGAAUAGGCAAUUGCUUUGGUCUUCCUUACUCCGUCACGCCUUCCGCUCUCACUCACGACUCGCUCAAUCCAAUCCUUCACUGCUCUUCAGUUCUUCAUAUAUCACUCGUCGGUGACAGGCAGAGAGAUAAGAGGCUUCAGAGACGACCGCCUGCCUUGUCGUCCUUGCUCGCCCUCGACUUUCAUGUCAAUGUUGUAUUCUUUAUCUCCUGCUAAAAGUUGCAUGGUACCCUAUCCAAGAUGCCCCUGUUCUCAUCCAAGACAUUUAGCUCCUGUGAGGAUUAGAGCAUCAGCUUCACUGCCAGAGCCUAAUGGAGCCAAAGUUGAGUACACUCCAUGGUUGGUCGCAGGACUGGGGAACCCUGGAAACAAGUACCAUGGAACGCGGCACAAUGUUGGUUUUGAAAUGAUAGAUCAGAUUUCUCAAGAAGAGGGCAUUUUGUUGAACACAAUACAGUCAAAAGCAUUGAUUGGAAUAGGUUCUAUUGGAGAGGUGCCAGUGGUAUUAGCAAAGCCUCAGACUUAUAUGAAUUUCAGUGGAGAAUCGGUUGGACAACUUGCUGCAUAUUAUCAAGUACCCUUGCGACAUAUCCUACUGGUUCAUGACGAGAUGAGUUUACCAAAUGGUGUUUUGAGGCUUAAGCCCAAGCGAGGACAUGGCCAUCAUAACGGGGUGAAAAGUGUAAUGGAGCAUCUGGAUGGUUGCCAUCAAUUUCCACGACUUUGCAUAGGAAUAGGAAACCCACCGGGAGCAAUGGAUAUGAAGGCUUUUCUUCUCCAGAAAUUCAGUGAAACAGAGCGGAAACAGGUAGAUGAAGCACUGAAAGAAGGGGCCGAGGCAGUGAGAACGCUGGUGCGAGAAGGAGUGGGCAGUAGACUAAGUAGAUUUAAUAUAGGGCAGAAGUACAAGUAUCACAAAGUUUGAUCAUAUGAUCUUGAACUCAUGCAUGUACCUUCAGAAAGGAGUAUUAUUAUAUUGUUUGACAAUUUUGGGACUCCCU